AUGGGGCAGGUGAUUUUCACGGCUUUGUGUUUACUUCCUAUAUUGUAUGCUUUUAUCUACCUUGCUAAGUUGGUUCUUCAAUGGAGAGAUCAAUGCUGCUACUUGCUGGCGUAUGAGUGCUACAAGGCCGCAGACGAUCGGAAGCUGGACACUAGUUCCUGCCUCAAAAUCGUACUGCGAAACAAAAAUCUUGGUCUAGACGAGUACCGUUUCCUCUUAAAGACCAUUGUGAAUUCAGGUCUCGGAGAAGAAACGUACAGUCCAAGGAAUGUCAUGGCUGGCCGCGAAAACUGCCCUGGUUUGGGAGACGCACUCUUGGAAAUGGAUGACAUUUUCUUCACUACACUCGACAAUCUCUUCAAUGGUAACAGAGUUUCACCCUCGGAGAUUGACAUACUUAUUGUCAAUGUGUCAUUGUUCUCUCCAUCACCUUCUCUAACGGCUAGGAUCGUAAACCGGUACAAGAUGAAGAGUAGCAUCAAGGCCUUUAACCUCUCCGGAAUGGGCUGCAGUGGAAGCCUUGUUGCUAUUGAUCUUGUACGAAACAUGUUCAAGACAUACAAGAAUAUGAUUGCCCUUGUUGUGAGCACCGAAUCUGUAGGUCCUAAUUGGUACAGUGGCCAAGUGAAGCCGAUGAUGCUUGCUAAUUGUCUAUACCGAUCGGGAGGGUGUUCUAUGCUUUUCACAAACAAGAGAGGUCUUAGGCAUUUAGCCCUCUUGAAAUUGAAAUGCAUAGUCCGAACCCAUCUAGGGUCGAGUGACGAAGGUUAUGGCUGCUCAUUUCAAGUGGAGGACAAACAUGGCUACAGAGGAUUCAACCUCAGCAAAAGCAUAGCAAAAGUUGCUGCUAAAGCUCUUACUAUGAACCUGAGAGUGCUGGCACUUAAAGCAUUACCAGUUACAGAAUUAUUCCGCUAUGCGCUCACUUCUCGCCUUCAAAAGAAAGCUUCCACUAAAGAAGUGGUAAGCGUCGGUUUGAAUCUCAAGGCUGGACUUGACCAUUUCUGUAUACCCCCAACUGAAGCUGCAGUUGUUAAUGGGAUUGGGAAAAGAUUGUCACUCAAUGACUAUGAUUUAGAGCCUUCGAGAAUGGCGCUCCAUCGGUUCGGCAACACAUCCUCUGGUGGGCUAUGGUACGUUUUAGGUUACAUGGAGGCCAAGAAGAGGCUCAAGAAGGGCAACAAGAUUCUGAUGGUGAGCUUUGGGGCUGGUUACGAAUGCAAUAACUGUGUUUGGAAGGUGUUAAGGGAUUUGGAUGAUGCCAAUGUGUGGAAAGACUGCAUAGACAGAUACCCUCCACCGAGCCUGAUCAACCCUUUCAUGCAAAGGUAUAGCUGGCUUAACUAUGAAUUUCUGAGCUUUGUUAGUUUUGAUCAGAUCAGAGAUGCAAUGAAACAGUGUGGCUGA